AUGAGCUCGACGCGUUCUGCGCCGACUGCGCGGACCAUGGCGAAAGCAUCGUCACCCUUGGAUACAGAACCCUCGAAAUUGCGCCCGCGGCUAGAGCCAUCGCCCAUGCCAUUGCAGCCCCUGGAGAACGUUCCCGCCGAACCAGGCAGAGACUACGCGCUCAACCCUUCCCAUGGGGGUUUGCACCGGCCAUCGCCCACCAAGCCUUCUCGAGGAUCGAACGCUUCUCUUUCUGGCCGAGGCAAUCUUGGCUUCGUCUCCAUCACCGCACCCGCUCCUCCAUCGUUCACCACCGAUUCCCCGACGAAAAAGCCCCCAUUCAAUACCUUUCACCACUCUGCUCCACCUCCCUCGAUGCCACAAUCCGCCCUGUUUACGACCUUCCCGAGUGUCAACCCAGAUAAGCAUCCGCAUCAGGAACCCCACUCCAUAGACGAGCCCACCAGCGACAACUUUGCUGAUUUCCCCGAACCGUCGUUCCCGUCUAAGCCACCUUUGAAGAGGAUGCUUCUGGAGGCGGCGCCGUUGAAGGAACGGUCGUCCAAGAAGCAAAAGAACGAGGACGACUCGGUGCGACUGCCGGAUCCCAGCGAGAUGCCCCCGAUCGAAGAUGACGGGACCAAGCCCCCCUACAGCUAUGCCACUCUCAUAGGGAUGUCUAUCCUGCGCGCUCCGAACAGACGUCUGACCCUGGCGCAAAUAUACAAGUGGAUCUCGGAUACGUUCCGCUAUUACAAAAAUAGCGAUGCCGGUUGGCAGAACAGCAUCCGUCACAACCUCAGUCUAAAUAAGGCGUUCAUCAAACAAGAGCGUCCUAAGGAUGACCCGGGCAAAGGCAACUACUGGGCUAUUGAGCCGGGCAUGGAAGCUCAGUUCCUGAAGGACAAGCCCCUGCGCCGUGCCACCAUGUCAAGCCUUCCCCUACCGGCAGCUCCUCAAAAAGAACCCGCCCAUCCACCGAGCUCAAGCACCACCACUUGGGCGGUUCCCCCGCCGUCGUAUCAAUCUGCUGCUCCGAAGACUUCGCAAAAUGUGGACCUAUCGUCCGAUGCCACCUUACCUGCUUCUGAUCCUGCUCUGCAGGAUGAUACAGGGGAUGAAGGUGCCAACGCUCCCGGUCCACAGACUCAUCCUCCGCGCUCGUCCCCCCCUCAACCGAUUCACUCGUCUCCCCCGAUUGUGCCGCCUCGGUUUGUUCGCCAGGGUACCCCACCGACGCCUUCUCAGGUUCCUGCCUCGUCGGGUGCCGCUUCUCGCACGAAGAAGAGAAAGUCGGCGGCAAUGAACGAUAGCGGAUACUUUUCCUCGCUGGAGUCUUCUGCACUGCGCCCCAACAAGGCUGGUCAUAUCUUGACGUCAGACUUGGACAUCGAACCUCCUCGCAUCAAGCGCGGCAGGGCAGAAGAAGAGAUCGCCCGCAUUCGCAGCUCCUCUCACGAUAUCAGCCCCAGCCACUCCGGGGUUCUGAAGGAUGCUGGUGUUAUUGUUGGCUCCUCUCCCUUGCGUGGGGAGUAUGUUAGCAUGCUGCCUCCCCCGAUCACACCUGUGAUCAAGUUUAAGAAACCUGCAAAGCCCCCGCCGUCCGUCUCGCCCAAUACCAACCUUCGAAACCAUCGCAAGAAGAUACAGCAGAUGGUCAACUCGCCGAUCAAACAUUUGGGCCUCACGGAGGAGGAUCUGCCAUGGAGUCCUGCUUUCAACCUUCAGGACGAAACCUUUACGCCGAAUGACCACCUCCAUUCGAGCUUUGAUGUCUUUGCCGAUCCAUCUGGGGACCACAUAUCCACCCCGGCAUAUGGCUCGCCCGAGAAGCGGUCCGCUAAGCGUGGCCGGGCCGACGCCAGUGGAUCGAAUGGUAAUGCGCUGGCCGAUAUCACGGCGAUGAGUGUGAACAGUAAAGCCGGGCUUCCGUCUCUUUCCCACAAGACCAAGGGGCUGCUCUUUCCGGAGUCGCCGUCGAAACUUCCGGAGCCCGGACGGUUUAUCGAUGCCACGCAUGAUGAUUUCUUCUCGUUCCAUCUGUUUGAUGAGAGCCCAGGAGAGGUCGAUGGAGUUGACCUCCUGCAAGGCUUUCAGAAGAUCGGCGGAGCAACCAAGGACGAUCAAUCGAAACCUCGAUUCCACGCGUCGAGACCGCAACUUAACCCUCGAAGUAAUACAUCGUUGUUCUGA